AGUAGGUGUGACUACUGAGCCGCCCACACAAACAAUGUCAGAAGUUCCAGUGACUCACACUUUUAAGAUACUGGUUUUAGGAGACUCUGGGGUCGGAAAGACGAGCCUCAUCAAGUACUACACCGACGGAGAAGCUUCUAAAAGCAUACUAUCAACUAUUGGUAUAGAUUACAGUGAUAUUAAUGUCACUGUGAGGGGCAUCACAGUCAAACUGAGAGUAUGGGAUACUGCAGGCCAGGAACGAUUUCACACGUUCACAAAGCAGUUCUUUAGAGGAACUCAAGCAGUCAUUUUAGUGUAUGAUACAACUUCAUUGAAGUCAUUUCAAACGCUUUCUGUUUGGAUAAAGAUGUUAUCAGAUUUUGGGCUCACUGAUUUAGAUGCUGUGAUAGUUGGGAAUAAAAGUGAUCUUCCUGAAUCUGCUGUGCCUGAUGAUUUAGCAAAAGCAUUAGCAACAAAUAUAAGUUGUGAUCAUAUACUAACCAGCACAGUAACAGGCUCCAACGUUAAAAAGACAUUCUUCAAAAUAGGAGAAGCACUGAUACACAGUCAUAAUAUAUUUGCUCCUGGGCUAGAAGCAGCAGCAGCUUAUGAAGGAACUGGUAAUGAGCCACACAGUGGAUCUGUUAGUCGUCACAGAGAAAGAAUAGAGUCGAUAGUACUAUCAAAAGAACACUAUGACAAGAAAUCGAAAGAGAAGAAGCCAUGCUGUUAAAUAAUAUAUAAUAAUAUUAUCCUUAUUAUUAUUAUUAUUAUCAUCACUCUCAUUAUUAUAGUGGCAAAUAUUUUUAAA